AUGGACGACUUUCGUUUGAUUUUUGCACAGACGCCAAUCCCGACAUGCGAUGGAGGGUACUGUAACCUUGCAGUGGAUGUUCUCCGUGAUGUUCUGAUGGAUAUAAUUGUCGCAAAGAAGGUGUUUCAGACAACUAAAGAGAAGAAUUGGAUUCAUAUCAAGAAGUUUUUCAAGUCAGUUGAAAAAUACUUUGAUCGGACCAGAGGAGUUUACUUCAUUGAUUUGAAGAAUGUCAAAACAAUCAAGGAGUUAUGGGAAAACGAAUACAACUCUCACUUGAAGCAUUCCUUGUCGAGCUCAAAACUGAUGAAGACUUCAAAAAAGAAUCUAGCAGUGGUGCAGUGCCAAAUCAACAGUCUUGUCAGAAAAGUGCCAACGCUAUUGGAAUUCAUUCAUAAACAAGGAGCAUGUGACAGGUUGAGUAUCGUGGGAUGUGAAUUGUGUGAUGGGAAAACACUGACUGAGGAUUCUGCUCAGCCCCAAGGAUCUGAAAAAAAAGAAGAUGCACUGCAGAAGAAAAUGAAGCCGCAAUCAUCAAAAGAGACACAGUCAGAACCUGAAAAAUUGAAUUCGGAAGUAGCGAAAUCUGAUGUGACCAUUGAAAAACCAUCAACUGAAGAAAAGCCAUCCCAGAAAAAGAAAAUGUCAAAAAAGACUAAACAACCCAACCCACCUGAAGAAGCCAAACCAGAACCGAAAGAAUCGAAUGCCUGUCCAAAAUGCGAACGAGCUGGAAAAUUCACGCGAGAAGCCAAUGAGAAGUUGAGACUUUCGAAGAUUGAAGUGAAGCAACUGAAGAAGGAUCUUAUCAGAAAUCAACUGGAAAACGAGGAAAUCAAACAAAAAGUGAUGGACAAGGAUGAGAAAAUUCGGAUGUUGGAGAUACUUCUGGAAGAGAAGGAUGACGUCAUCAGGGAGCAGGAGGAAAAGUUAAAAGAACAAGCGACAAUAAUUCAGAGGUUUCAGAGAGUUGAAAAGGAAGACGAUACUCAAACUGUAUUCGAUGAGAAAAUUGAAAAGAUCAAAAGUGUCCAAUCCAACCUGCUUUCUAUCAAAGAAACACUGGAAGUUGAAAAUCCGGUAUUUAAGUGUGCUGAACUAAUGCACCGAUUCAUCAUGAACACCGAAAAUGAGGAAACAAAACAAAUGGCAAAAAUGGAGAUGAGAAGAUUUGAAAAGGAGGCUACAGAAUAUACAGAAGCUGUGGAAGAUCGACUUGCCAUGAUUCAAUGCAAUCAAUUCGACGCAGCCGAAGAAAUCCCCAAACUAUCGGAGUUCCCUGUAUUCUCUCAAGAAUUUCGAAGCACAUUUGAAAAUAUUAUGAAAUCGAGACCGCCCGUGAUUUGCCUACAACUCCUAUCAUCGUCAGAAAACGCUUCAGAUGAGUUAGAAGACACCGAGUGUGUGAUCUGUCUUAACAACAUGGACAUAGAGAAUGAUACUACGAAAUGUGUGUAUUGCAAGAGGAGAUAUCACAACGGAUGUAUUCAAGAUUGGCUGAAAGUGAAGAUGAUUUGUCCAACUUGCGAUUCAGGACUUUUGGAUGAGGAGGAGUUCCCAGUGUUGGUCUAA